AUGGUGCAGUUCCUGCUAGAUACAGGUUCGGAAGUCAACAUCCUACCCGCUAACGUGUACAAAUCACUGAAACUCAGUGAUAAGACAUUGCAGCCAACGACACUUCGCUUGCAUGGCUACUUUGGUGGCAAGGCCAAACCUCUUGGACAAAAGAAACUGUCAUGUGAAAUGAAGAAUCGUCAGUACUCGUUGGUGUUCCAGAUUCUUGCCAGUGGUCAGCCUGUCAUUGGCAAGACAGCAUGUGAAGCACUUGGUCUGAUACAGCGGGUGUACACCAUGGUGAACCGAGACAACGUGUUUGAAGGCACGGGUUGUCUUGAAGGCCCACCGGUUAACAUAAAGUUAACCGACUCCGCUACUCCAUACUGUGUGACCGCUCCUCGCAGAAUCCCCUUGCCCCUACUUCCCCAGUUGAAGCAAGAACUGGAAAAGAUGGAAACCCAAGGUAUCGUGAAGCGCAUCACUGAGCCGACAGAGUGGUGUGCUCCAAUCGUGAUUGUACCCAAGAAGAACAACCAGAUUCGACUCUGUGUAGAUCUGCGACAACUGAAUAAAGCUGUGCAGAGGGAGCGUUUCACUAUCCCCAGCCUGGAAGAGGUUUUGGGAAAGAUUGUUGGUGCACAAGUGUUCUCCUUACUCGAUGCAAAGCACGGGUUUUGGCAGAUACCCCUUGCUAGUGACAGUCAGAAAUUGACAACCUUCAUAACUCCAUUUGGGCGUUUCUGUUUUACGCGACUCCCUUUCGGCAUCACAUCAGCGCCUGAGUUGUAUCAGCGUAUUAUGUGUGACCUACUCGUCAAUCUGGAUGGUGUAGUUGUCUACAUGGAUGAUAUUCUCAUCACCGGCCGAACACAGGCAGAGCACGAUCAACGUGUGCAUCGUGUAGUCCAAAUCCUACAGAAAGCUGGCUUGCGGCUAAACAAAGAGAAAUCAAAGUUUUCUCAAGAGACGGUUACCUUUCUGGGUCUACAGCUAGACAAGGAUGGUAUACAUGCUGAUCCUUCGAAGAUCACAGCAAUCGUUCAGAUGCCCCCACCAACAUCAAAGGAUGAAGUCAAGAGGCUCAUGGGCAUGGUCAAUUGGUUGUCCCGCUUCAUCCCGAACGCAGCAUCAGUUGCAGCCCCAAUCACUGAUCUCCUGAAAGACAACGUUGACUGGAUGUGGGGAGCACAACAGAAGAUUGCAUUCCGACACCUCAAGACACUCCUCACCAGAUCACCCACAUUGGCCUUCUAUGAUCCCGCUAAACCUACCAUGGUCAGCGCAGAUGCCAGUAGCUAUGGGCUGGGAGGAUGCUUACUACAGCAGCACGAAGAUGAGACAUGGAAGCCAGUCGCUUACUGCUCCCGUACCCUGACUCCUGCUGAGAGAAAGUAUGCCCAAAUCGAGAAAGAGUUGUUGGCCAGCGUAUGGGCAUGCGAGAGAUUUUAUGUCUAUAUCAGAGGACUUCACGUGACCCUACAAACCGACCACAAACCACUGGUGUCUUUGAUCAAUUCAAAGGACCUCUGUGACGCACCACUGAGAUGCCAGCGCUUACUGAUGCGCCUCAUGAAAUUCCACUGUACAGCUGUCUACUCACCAGGCAAGACCCUAGUCGUUGCAGAUACCCUGUCUAGAGCUCCAGUUCAUACAGACCAGACAUCUGAUGACAGUGAUGAUCUCGCAGCAGAAAUUGCAGCACACGUGAGCAUGGUAACAAGCCAGUGGCCAGCCUCGGAUGCCAAACUUGCAGAAAUCACAGAUGAGACAGUGCAAGACAGCGUAUUGUCCCUAGUAUCGUCGUACGUGAAAGACGGCUGGCCGAAGUACAUCAAGGACGUAGAUCCUGAUGUCAAGCGAUACUGGGAGGAACAAGAUAAGAUAAGCCAGAUCAACGGCAUACUGACAUAUGGGGACCGCAUCAUCAUCCCACAGAAGAUGCAGCAGGAAAUGCUGGAGAAACUCCAUGAGGGUCACCAUGGGGUCACCAAGAGCCGACUCCGUGCAAAUCAAGCCAUAUGGUGGCCUGGAAUCGGUACUGACAUCGCGCAGCACAUUCAACAAUGCGAGUUUUGUAGAGAAAAGCAACCAGCACAGAAGGCGGAACCCCUGAUGUCAACACCUUUACCCCAACGAGCAUGGCAACGAAUCGCGUGCGAUCUUGCAGAGCUGAAAGGGAAGGUGUACUUAGUGAUCGUUGACUACUACUCGAGGUGGAUCAAGAUUCAUCACCUUGUGAAGACAACAGCCUUAGCAGUCAUCAACUUCAUGAAAACUACCUUUGCACGAUAUGGGAUCCCUGAAGUUGUUGUAUCAGAUAACGGCCCACAAUUCCUGGGAGAGUUUCAACAGUUUGCUAGAGAGUUUGGCUUCAACCACAUUACCACCAGUCCACACUAUCCCCAAGCAAAUGGGCAGGCCGAAAAAGCUGUCCAUGUGGCCAAGAGUAUCCUGCGUCAACCAGAUCCCAUACGAGCUCUCAUGACAUACCGCGCGACCCCACUUCCAAGUCUUGGUGUCAGUCCGGCAAGUCUGAUGAUGGGCCGAGAGUUACGCACUACCCUACCAAUGUUGCCCAAGAAUCUCCUUCAGAAACCAAUCAACCAGACAAAGUUGAAACAAGCAGACGCUGCAUCCAAGUCCAAGGGAGAAGUCUACUUCAACCAGAAACAUGGCGCCAAGGCAUUGGAUCAACUGGAAACAGGAGCCCGGGUGAAGAUCAGAACAAAGGGCAAACUUGGUCCAAUCGGAGAGGUCCUCUGUAAAGCAGACACACCCCGUUCUUACAUCGUGAGAGUGAAUGGCGCAGAAUAUCGUCGGAACAGGCGGCAUAUUGUCCGGAUGCCACAACCACCACCUGAGCCAGACUUCGAGAUCCAACUGGAGGAUCCAGUCCAACAAAACCCAGAUGCUCAGCAACAGGGAGUGAGACAGUCUCAGCGAAUGAGGAAACCACCAGCAUGGCAGCAGGAUUACGUCAUGUACUAG